AUGGCCUAUUCGACGUUGGUUAUGGGGACAUGGCGCCGCCACGAUAAAGAAGAACCGUCGAGCUCAAAGCUGGAAGAUUGCGACUCAAGUGACUCGGCUGAAAAACGACUAUUGGGUGGUGGGGAGUGUCGCAAGUGCGACCCGGGAAGCUGUUCCGAACAAGGAAGGAUACGGCCCGGCCCUACAAGAAAGGAAGAGAAAGUCGACGAAUCUGUCAGAAAGCCGUUCAAGUUGGAUACAGUGUCGCCAAGAUGGCUUCAGAGCCAGGUUUCGAUGAAGCUUGGCGAUAGUAGGAAAAGCGAUGCGGAGCCGAGGACAAACAAGUCGUUCCUGCCAAAUGCGUCGCCAACCACAUGGAAAGGACCGGAGGGGAGAAGAGAAAAGCAACGCAAAGUGGUCGAGGUAGAUGCGGUACAUACCAGGCCGAGAUCGAGAGCGUGUGACGAGACUGGUCUCCGAGAGAAGAGAGAGCUUGAAACACCGAGGAAGCUUUGCAAAAGAGACGGCAAGAAGACUUUCCCAACGAGAUGGCAAGAACCUAGGAGAGAGCUUGGAGUAACGAGCAAGCUCUUCCAAAGACCAAAGAAGCUGCAAGAAGACGUGGGAUCAGGUGUGAAGGAGGCCGUGAGAUCCCCCAUCAUCACAAGAAGUGUUAAACGAAGUGGUAGAACAAACAACAACACCGGUUUCCACCAAAAAUGGCACGAAGCUGGGAGGGACUCAAAUAUCGAGGAAGCUCUACCAAAGACCAAAGAAGCUGCAAGAAGACGUGGAUCAGGCGUGAAGAAGGCUACAAAAUCUCACCAUCACAAGACGGGUACACAAAGUGGUGGAGCGAGCAACAAGGACUGUUCUCACAAAAGAUGGCAAACCCUCGGAAAGAGCGGGCGGUAUAAUUUUACGACCUUCAUUCGGGGCAACCACUACAAGAAGGGAACCAUACACGGCCAAACCUGCACACACUGA